CCCAUGGUCAUGCUAUCUUAAUUCCCAACACUUGCACUUGCUACAGCACGUGGUUUGGCAAGAAAAAACAAAUGUGUGCCUAACUACACCACCGAAAUCGCUGGCGACGGAAUCUCCAGUAUUUGUCCAGCGCUUCUCCCAUUGGCGCGGCUAUUGUCACCGGUUAAAUUGCCAUUGGUCCUCUUAUAAUUGUGGGCUGCGCCGCAAAUAGUGUUGAAAGUUCCUGUCGCGCAGGAACCUGGAGUCUCUGCCAAAAUACUAGGCGCGCAGAGUAGCACUGCGCGGGGUCCUUCGAGAUGAGCUUAGGCUUACGGAGUAACGCUCCUGGCAGCGUGAUCCGUGAUUCUCCAAUUAGCUAUCGUGGGGCGUCGGUUGGGAAGAAACUCGUCGCGGAUGGAAAAUGUCAUAUGGCUGAAUCCCAAUGCGGGGAUGAGGGAUUGCGUAUAUAAUGGAAUUGCCAUCUGGCUGCGAGAGGAUUUUUCUUCCUCGCUCAACUCUGUUUCAACGGCAUUGUGACUGAGGAUCUCUUGCUGAGCUACCCCGCCAAAGUUCAAUUGUUUGCUCAUUGAAUCCAGCACUGUUUGAAAUGGCGACUCAAACGAUUAACAAGGAUGCGAUCAGCGUAAGAGGACUCACCCAACGGAGAGGCGAUUGGUGUUGAGAAGAUAGAGGAUUGGAACUGACGACUGGCCCAAACGGAACAGAACCUUUCUUUCGUUCUCAACAAGCCCGGAGAUGUCACCUUUGAGGAGCGUCCCAAGCCCACCAUCUCCGACCCCAACGACGUCCUCGUCGCGGUAAACUACACCGGAAUCUGUGGCUCAGACGUCCACUACUGGGUGCACGGCGCCAUCGGUCACUUUGUUGUCAAGGACCCCAUGGUCCUGGGCCACGAGUCUGCCGGAACCAUUGUCGAGGUCGGCUCGGCUGUCAAGAACCUCAAGGUUGGCGACCGAGUUGCUCUGGAGCCUGGCUACCCAUGCCGUCGAUGCUCCUUCUGCCGUGCCGGCAAAUACAACCUCUGCCCGGACAUGGUCUUUGCCGCGACGCCGCCAUACCACGGCACUCUGACCGGACUGUGGGCCGCCCCGGCCGAUUUCUGCUACAAGCUGCCGGACAAUGUGUCCCUGCAGGAGGGUGCUAUGAUUGAGCCGCUGGCGGUGGCGGUUCACAUUGUCAAGCAGGCCCAGAUCCAGCCCGGCCAGUCGGUCGUGGUGAUGGGAGCUGGACCCGUGGGUCUGCUGUGUGCUGCCGUGGCCCAAUCCUAUGGCGCAACCAAGGUUGUCAGUGUCGAUAUUGUGCAGUCCAAGCUGGACUUUGCCAAGAGCUUCAGCUCAACACACACAUAUGUGUCUCAGAGAAUCUCGCCCGAGGAAAACGCCAAGGCCAUCAAGGAGCUUGCAGACCUUCCUAUCGGUGCGGAUGCUGUCAUUGAUGCCAGCGGCGCAGAGCCGUCAAUCCAGACGAGCUUGCACGUCGUCCGCGUGGGAGGCACUUACGUGCAAGGUGGUAUGGGCAAGAGCGACAUCACAUUCCCUAUCAUGGCCAUGUGCUUGAAGGAGGUGACGGCCCGGGGAUCGUUCCGUUACGGUGCCGGAGAUUACGAGCUGGCUGUUGAGCUUGUCAGGACUGGCCGUGUUGAUGUCAAGAAGCUGAUCACGGGCAUUGUCAGCUUCAAGCAGGCCGAGGAGGCAUUCCAAAAGGUCAAGACCGGAGAGGCUAUCAAGAUUCUGAUUGCCGGACCCAACGAGAAGGUGUAA